GUUUGUUUUUGCCACCUCAGUGUUCCUCGAGUAGCUGAUCACGAUGGAUCUCCCAACUGCUUUUGCUUUAAUAAAUGCAUUGUUUUGUUGUUACAUUACUGGUGCUAGCUCUAUAGAAUAUUAUAAAUUUAAACCAACUCAAAGCCGGGCAGUAGGAGACGUCAAGUAUGACUUUCUGAUCAAAAAGUUUGAAGUACCUGUGAGUGAACAAGUUUGUUGUAUCUUUUAUUCACUCGAUCAUUUCAGUUUUUCAAUCAACAAUACGUUUGAGAUUCGCUACCUCCUUAACAACACAUGGCAGAGGGGCAAUGAUCCACCAAUAUUCUUUUACACAGGAAAUGAAGGGGACAUCGAACUCUUUGCGCAAAAUACGGGUUUUAUGUGGGAAAUCGCACCAACCUUUGGCGCACUUUUAAUAUUUGCUGAACAUCGCUAUUACGGAAAAUCUAUGCCAUUUGGAAACGAAUCUUAUUCAGAUCCUAGUCAUCUCGGGUAUUUAACAUCCCAACAAGCCUUAGCCGAUUAUGCUGACUUGAUACGUUUCCUGAAAUCUGCUUCAAACAUGAAAAACAGCCCUGUGAUUGUGUUUGGAGGCUCUUACGGUGGAAUGCUUAGCGCAUGGAUGCGGAUGAAGUAUCCACACCUUGUGAAAGGAGCAAUCGCAGCUUCAGCUCCGAUCCUGCAAUUCACUGGUAUCACCGAAUGCGGCGCAUUUGCAAAAGUUGUCACAUCAGAUUUUCACAUUGCCCAUCCAGAGUGUCCGAAAACAAUUCUCACAUCAUGGGCAGCAAUUGACAACGUUACGUCAACUAAAAAUGGGAGGAAAUGGUUUACAGAAAAUUGGAAAUUGUGUCAACCGUUGAAAAAUUCAUUAGAUGUUAAAGUGCUGAAAGACUUUUUGACCGAUAUCUACGGAAAUUUGGCGAUGGUAAACUAUCCAUACGAGUCAAACUUCUUAGCACCUUUACCUGCGUAUCCAAUAUCCAAAGUCUGCAGCUACUUGACGAACUCGAAUCAGAACGACAUGGCGCUUCUUCUUGAUCUGAAUAAAGCGAUCAGUGUGUUUACAAAUGGUACUGGAGACAGCGAGUGCUUAGCUGUAAGCGAAAGUUCUUCUCCAAAUUUGGAUAGCAAAGGGUGGUUGUAUCAAUCCUGCACAGAGAUGGUCAUGCCCAUGUGUACCAAUGGCGUGGAUGAUAUGUUCGAAAAAAUUCCUUGGGAUUUUAAGAAAUUUAGCGACGACUGCUAUCAGACUUUCAAGACCAGACCCCAGCCUUAUCUAGCCUGCGAGGAAUAUGGAUGUCAGGAUCUAUCUGCGGCUAGUAACAUUGUAUUUAGUAAUGGAUUGUUGGACCCUUGGUCGUCUGGUGGAGUUUUAUCAAACGUUUCGGCAUCGACAAUGGCAAUUCUCAUACCAGAAGCUGCUCACCAUCUAGAUCUCAGGGCAAGUAACCCCCAUGAUCCAUCUAGCGUAAUUUACACGCGACAAAUUCACAACGAUUUUAUUAAAAAGUGGAUUCACGAGCACUGGGUGCCUAUUGAUGAGACAAAAGCGAUACAAUAUGAAAUUAUAAGUGUUAGAUAAAAUAUAUGCUACAUUGAAUUUUGCGUUUUAUGUUCAUAUUGGGAAAGUUUUCGUAUUGAAUUUAAAAUAUAAAUUGAAAUAGGAUCUUUUAUAAUAUUUACGAUUCGUUUAUUCAAAUUGUGGAUAUAAAUGGUUUUACAUGCGUGGAUGAAUCACCCGGUGCUCUUGAGUUUACAUGAAUGAAAUUUGAGAAAAGAGAUUAAAAGUCAUCGACAUAGCUUUGUCGCAAUAAUGUAAAAACAUAUUGCUGGUGAUCCAUCGGAUUUAUUACUAUUAAAAAGCUGCAGUGUAUGUAUGUACUCAUAUUAAUUACUAAUCAGAUCGUCAAUCU